AUGCCAAGCUGCGGUUGGGAGAAGGGCUGCGCCGCGGAAGGGCGCCGUAGCCAGGCAUGGCGGGGUGGCCGCCAUAAUGGGCUGGUGGGGGAGGGUAGUGGUGUGGCGGUGGUGGCGGUGGCGCACUGUAGCCAGGACCAGGUGGCGGGGGGUAGUGGGGCGGCGGAUAUCCAUGGCCAUGGGGCGGAGGGCCGUAUUGUGGAGGAGGGCCGUAGCCUUGCGGCGGGUACUCCGCUGGUGGGUAAGCUGGGGGCGCGUAGCCAGGCGGUGGAUAUGAGGGUGGAGGUGCAUGAGCAGGAGGUGGUCCGUAAGGGUCCCUCGGAUCCCUAUGUGGUAGGGCGUAUGGGUCAGGGGGCGGGGGAGCAUACUGAGGAUACUGUGGCUCCGGAGGAUAGUGCGGAGGCGGCUGGCUAUAGCCGUGUGGCUGGCUAUAGCCGUGUGGCUGGCUGGGUGGAUAGCCAUGGGGCGGAGGGUAGCCCGGUCCAGGCGGGGGAGGAGCAUAGCCUUGGCCAGGUGGGGGAGGGGCAUAGCCUGGGCCAGGUGGCGGAGGAGCGUAGCCAGGGCCAGGCGGUGGAGGAGCGUAGCUGUGGCCGUACCUUGGCAAUCUACACGGGAACAACUGGCUGCCUAUGUGUGCAAAAUAAUGUCCUUCGAAAGCUGGGCGACCAUCCUGGCGCAUGA